AUGGGCUCUGAAAUGGAUACCUUUGCGGCCCGCCUUGCCAGCUUUGAUAUAGUGCUGAAGCCGGAGAAGCGCAGAUCUUCCGGCACAAAAACGCCCAAAGCGAUUACAUGGCCGCACCAGCGACCUUCACCAGCUGAGUUGGCGCACGCUGGAUUUUACUACAAACCAUAUGAGACAAAUCCCGACAACACAACAUGUUUCGAGUGCCACCGAGCGCUGGACGGCUGGGAGGAGGACGACAACCCCAUCACAGAGCAUCUCAAGCAUGCGCCCGACUGUGGAUGGGCCAUCAUGAUGGACCUCCAACAGAGCAGCUCCAACCCCGCCUCGAUUGAAGACCCUACGGGGGACCGAAUUACACAAGCAAGACUGUCAACAUUUGGUACGGCAUGGCCUCAUGACGGGAAAAAGGGCUGGGUAUGCCAGUCAGAGAAGAUGGUUGAAGGCGGAUGGUAUUUCUGCCCUACAGACGAGAGCAAUGACUUAGCCAGUUGUGUCUAUUGCAAGUUGUCUUUGGAUGGCUGGGAGCCCAAGGACGACCCAUUUGACGAACACUAUCGCCGCUCCUCAGAUUGUUCAUUCUUUGUCUUCGCCCAGCCGCCAGGAAAGAAGGGUAAAUCCACUCGUGCUAAGAAACCCCGGGUUUCCAAGGCGUCCUCCCGGCUUUCAACCCAAUCCGUUGGCCCAGUUACAUCCGAAGCGCCCGAUAUGGAAAUGGAUGACUCGAUGGACCAGAGCAUCAUGUCCCAGGCCACCACAAAAUCUAAAACUACAAAGAAGGCACCCAAGAGCAAAUCAAAGGGGACCAAGACUAUGAAGGAAGAAUCAGCGGAGGUGGAAAGCCAAAUUGGGGCCGACAUUGAAGAAGUCGCCCAACCAGAGCCUAUCAAAUCUAAACGUGCAGGCAGAGGAAAGAAGAGGGCCAGUGAGGAUAUCAAGGAUGAACCAGUACCAGUUGCCAUGGAGGAGAGAGAGCCAUCGCAGCCGCCAGCAGAACCUCCAGCGAAGAGACGCGCUACGAAAACACGGAGCAGCAGCAUUGCACGCAAUUACAAUUACGAACGCAGUGACUCUGCAAUGGCGGACGCAGGGCCAGUGGAUGACGCUGCUUCGGAAGAAGAAACUAAUAGAGGUUGCAAGCCUACGAAAAAGGGAGCGUCCAAGGCUCGCAAGGUCUCCGAUGUGCCUCCGCCAAAGGCGCGAGCCCCUCGUGACUCGGAGAUCGAAGCGGAAAUUGAAGCAGGCCUCGAAGCAGAUAUCCCCAAACCUUCCGAACCUGAUCCUGAGACCGAGGCUGAGCCAGCAGAGCCACGGGCAUUGAAGAAGACAAAAUCGAGCAAAAAGUCCAAGGCUGUGGCUAAAAUCACCGAACUGACCAGGCAUAAUCAAGUAGAGGAUGUCAGUGAUCACGAGAACCUUUCAGAUCCUCAUGUGGAACCGGUUGAUGAUGAACCCGAGGCACCUGAGCCGCCAGCCCCAAAGACCAAGCAGGCAAAAGGAUCCAAGAAAAAGGGGACAAAGAAGACCAAGACCGAGGAGACGAUAAAAGCACAGUCUCCAGAGCCUCCAGAAUCUUUAGAGCUCAGGGCUCCCAAUGUUCGGGAUGAUUCCGAGCGUCAUGACUCCUUCAUCUCCGUCGAGAUUGUCAGCAAGGAGGCGGAGAAUGCACCGGAGCCCGAAGAACCAAUGGCCAAGGCUGAAUCGAAGAAGAUUUCCAAGAAGAAGGAUGCCACAUCAGCCAAAGAGAAAAAGUCCAAGAAAUCCGAGAAAAAGGCGGAGCAAGCUCCUGUUAUUGAACCCGCAGCCGAAGAACCUCGCGCCCAACCGUCGGUCGAGGAACAUGAUGAUGAAUUCGAGACUACAGAUGAUUUACCUGACCAGCUUGAGAUGGUCAACCCUCCCCAGGAGCCUUCUCCCCCUCCACAAGAAAUGUCUUCCGAGCCACAAUCUCAUCGGAAGACACCCAGUCUACCGCCAAAGACCGCCAAACGGUAUAGCGAUAUCCCCCACGAAGAGCAUCUUGCAGAGUCCCUAGUCCAAAGCCAGACCUCCCCUCACGAAGUGCAUGAGUCUCGACGGAAUUCAAAACGCUCUAACCGGGCAGUUUCACCACUUCCGCCAGCUCACCAAAACACUCCCUCCCUAUCACCCCAGUCAUCAGAUGCCGAAAACCGGCCUCCAUCGUCGCGGCCCUCAGCAUCCCGUCCACCUGUUCAAUCGACACCCAAGCAUCCUGAGUUCCGAGCUCCUCUGGCAGUUAGUACCCCAUCACCAUCCAAGCGCAACGCCAAUGGUGGAUUUGGACCUUCUGGACAUCCAUGGACACCGGUGGAUAUUGAUGAAGUGCUGUUUGGAGAGGCUAGCGACAAGGAAAACGCAGAUUUAUCUGGACUUUUCAAAGGUGCGAAAGCCGGCUUGACUAGCCCAGAGAAGAAGAUGACGGUCCAAGAAUGGAUUGCGUGGAACGCAAAGAAUGGUGAAGAACGACUGAAAAGAGAAUGCGAGCGACUUGUCGGCCAAUUCGAGAAAGAAGGUGGCCGAGCAAUGCAGCGACUCGAGGCUAUCGAGUGCAUCGACUGA